CACUCACUCACUCACACACACAGGGAGAGAGGGAGAGGGAGGAGGAAAGAAGGUGGAAAGCACUUGGACCGUUCUCCGCACCUCUCGUUUAAAAAGCCGCCACACAGUCACCCAAAUAACUUAACAAGAGGAGGGUUUUUUUCCCCCCUUUUCUCUCUCUCCCCCCACCCCUCACCCUCUCUCCCCCCUCUCUCACCCUCAACCGGGGGAGAGAAUGGCGAAUCCUCCCAAUGUGACCGCGGGGUUAACAGCGGGAGGUGGAGGCGAUGGUGGACACCUCUCCUCCUCCUCCUCCUCCGUCGUCGUCGGCGGCGGCGGGAGCGGCGGGAGCGGCCACAACAACAACAACAACAACAACGUGAAGAAGUGCGGGUCGCUGAAGAAGCAGAGACACGGCCACAAGAGGUUCUUCGUGCUGCGGGAGGCGAGCGAGGGCGGCCCGGCCCGGCUCGAGUACUACGAGAGCGAGAAGAAGUGGCGGAACCGGUCGGCGGCCAAGCGGGUGAUCGCGCUGGACUCGUGCCUGAACAUCCACAAGCGGGUGGACGCCAAGAACAAGUACCUGAUCGCCCUCUACACCCGGGACGAGUAUUUCGCGGUGGCCGCCGACGACGAGCGCGAGCAGGACAGUUGGUACCGGGCGCUGACCGAGCUGGCGGGGGAGGGCCAGGUCGCGCUGUCCGCCCCCUCCCCGGGCUCGGCCGCUCCGCCUCAGGGCGGCGGCGGCGGCGACGGCGACGCCAACUACGGGCUGGUCUGCCCCGCGGCGGCCGCGUACAGGGAGGUGUGGCAGGUCCACCUGAAGCCCAAGGGGCUGGGCCAGGCCCGGAACCUGACCGGGGUCUACCGGCUGUGCCUGUCGUGCAGGAGCAUCAGCUUCGUGAAGCUGAACGCCGAGGCGCACUCGGUCUGUCUGCAGCUCAUGAACAUCCGGCGGUGCGGCCACUCGGAGAACUUCUUCUUCAUCGAGGUGGGCCGGUCGGCGGCCACCGGCCCCGGGGAGCUGUGGAUGCAGGUGGACGACUCGGUGGUGGCGCAGAACAUCCACGAGACCAUCCUGGAGGCCAUGCGGGCCAUGAAGGAGUCGCCCGAGUUCCGGCCGAGGAGCAAGAGCCAGUCGUCCGGCUCCAACCCCAUCACCGUCCCGGUCCGGCGGCACCUGAACAACUUGCCGCCCAGCCAGACCGGCCUCCAGAGGAGAUCCCGGACCGACAGCCUCGCCGCCGCCGCCGCCUCCUCCUCCUCCUCCUCCCCGGCCGCCAAGAUGACCUCCUGCCGGUUGAGAACGGCGAGCGAAGGCGACAGCACCAUGAGCAGACCGGAGCCGCCGACCGGCAGCCCCCUCAGCCCCGCUCCCGGGAGGACCGCCUUCGGCCGCUCCAACACGCUGUCCAGGAACUCCAGGAUGAUCCAACACAUCUCCCUUCAGCACAGCAGGUCCAUGUCCAUGCCGGUGCCCCGCUCCCCCCCGCCCGCCACCAGCCCGGUGAGCCUGUCCUCGAGCAGCGGCCACGGCUCUGCCUCCGACACCGUACCUCCUCGGCCGUCCAGCGGCAGCGCGUCGGUUUCAGGCUCUCCGAGUGACGGCGGAUUCAUUUCCUUUGAUGAGUGUGGAUCGAGCCCCGGAGACCUCAGGCAGUCGGUGGGGAACAGAAGUAACACCCCGGAGUCCCUCCUCACCGAUACGCCACCUGUCCGAGAGGGGAACGAAUUGGACGGUUACAUGGCGAUGGAAAGACACCCGAGUGGCCAGAGCAGCCGGACUUGCCAUCAGGCUGCCCGGGGCGAGAGCACGGGUUUGGAGAAGGCUUACAGAAAGAGAACUUGUUCUCUGACAACCCCGUCCAGACAGCGAGCCGCUUCGCAGGUUUCUUCGGUUUCGUUAGACGAGUACACGUUAAUGAAAGCCGCCUGCAUGGGGAACUCAGGGUACCUAUUUUACGCCGCCUCUCCCAAAGUAGCCAACAAUCCGUAUCCGGAGGAUUAUUGUGAUAUCGAAAUUGGGUCUCAGAAGAGCUCUGGAUGCAGUAACCUGGGUGACGAUGGUUAUAUGCCAAUGACUCCUGGAGUAGCACGUACACCUACUAAAAGUGAUGAUUAUAUGCCGAUGAGUCCCAAAAGUGUUUCUGCACCGAAACAGAUCAUUAAUCCACGGUCCCAUCCCCAAGUGAACGAAAAUGGGUACAAGAACAUUUCUCCUGGUGGGAGCUGCUCACCAGAAGCAAAUGGAUACAUGAGAAUGUGGUACAAAUCAAAGCUAUCGGCAGAGAGUUCUGAUGGAAAGUUCACUAAUGCUGAAUAUAUGAACAUGUCUCCUGUUGAUCGCUGUGCAUCAGUUACUCCUCCAGACUACUUCUUCAAUCCUGUAAGUGAUGAAUUUCCGAAGCACAGUUACUCAUUCCAUUCAUUGCCACGAUCCUAUAAAGCUCAGCAGCAGAAGAAUGGAGAAAACGAGCAGUAUGUCUUGAUGAAUUCGCCAGCUGGAGUGAUCAUUGAAGAACCAACAUUUAGUGUUACAUCUAAUAAAUCCAGUCUUAUUGGUCAUACUGUGAUCUCACCAGUGAGGCAAAGCAGGAUUGAGAGUUUUGUGCAUAGAGGAAGAGCUAUGAGACCUACUAAGCUGUCACUGGACAUGCUAAGAGCUAACACGUUGCCAAGUACAAAUGAACACCCUUUGCCACCUGAACCAAAAAGCCCAGGAGAAUAUAUUAAUAUAGAUUUCAGUGGUAAAACUCUGUAUUCACCAGCUUCUGUGUCUGACGGAAGUUCUUUAUCUUCAUUGGACUCUGGUAAUGCUCAAAGAAGGUGUCCUUUAUCUGAUUAUAUGAACAUUGACCUUAAUGCACAGACACCAAAGAGUGGAAUUGUCUCUGUCAGUUCUUUUGAUGCUGUUGUUGCAUCGCCUAUGUCCUGCUCCAGUAGAAGUCAACCAAAUGAUAUUUACCUGAAAACCCAAGUUGGGACAGCAUGCUUCUCAAAUCCUUUAAAAGAUGGAUCCGAUUAUACUGAAAUGACAUUUGGAAUAGCCACCACACCUCUACAGCAAGUUUCACCAAAAACAGAAAGUACCCAAUUGGCCAGUCCUACCACAGGCGUGAAACGACUCUCGUUGAUUGAUCAGAUGCCUGGGGUGGAGGUAUUCAUGCUCCCAAGCCCUCCACCUGACCCAAAUCGGGGUGCAAAGGUAAUUCGUGCUGACCCUCAAGGAAGAAGGCGACAUAGUUCAGAGACAUUUUCAUCUACAACCACGGUCACACCUGUUUCACCUUCAUUUGCUCAUGAUCCCAAGAGGCACAGUUCUGCUUCAUUUGAAAAUGUUUCCCUCAGAAAAAGUGAAGAAACUGAAGAGGAACAAGGGAGCCCAAUGUGUCGCAAGACAUCUACGGGUUUCCAGAAUGGACUGAAUUACAUUGCCUUAGAUUUGAUGGAUGACGAUUUGGCACGGUGUGAGAAAAUAAGACCUCGGUCAACUCUUCCACCUACAGGAAGUAUUAAUGGUGUAGAUGGUAGCACCUAUGCCAGCAUAGACUUUAUGUCGAAGAAUUUAAACCGAGCUGUCACUGUUGCUGCUGCUGAAGACUGACAAAACCUUCUGCAUCUCUGCUGGAAUCUCACACAAGUGAUGCUGCUCAGCAAAUACCUUCGUGCAUAGCUGCUUGAAGUUUACCUUUUUCUCUCUUAUGAAUGGGUAACCAAUAAUGCCUCAGACAGUCCUAGCACUGCAACACACACCUAUAGCUACAGGGAUGAGGAAGCCUUCUGCCUCAGAUUUCUAUUAUGAACAUCCACCACCCUCUUCCUCUGUAGACAAGAGUGCACUGAAGCAGUACUUAUUUAGCAGUAUAUUAACUGUUGCCAGUCAGGCCUUCCCUUAGAUGACACAGUCAAUAACUUUUCUUAACUUUCCCAGUUUGGUAAUAUCAUGAGUAAAUUACCUUCUGGUUUGAUGAAUGAAAUUAAUUUAAAAGAGGAAUUACAUUUAACCCAAGAAACUGAUUGAGUUACUGUAACAUUACUGACAUGGUAUAAAUCCUACCUCGUUUAAAUAGUGAAGUUGGCUUUUUAUGGGAAGAAUAGCACAGAAAGAACUUAGCUUUAUCGCUGCUGCACUCCCCGGAAAAACAACCCUGGGCCUUACUGAGUUUAUCUCCUGGAAAGUACUGUACCUGUGUGAUGAUCCGGAAGUUUGGCUUGCCAUGUUCAUUAAGGAUGCCAUGUUGAAUAGGCUUGAGUCAGAUGGAAAAUGGUACGACAAAUAGGAAGAAAGUGCAAUUUUCAGGUCACUGGACAUUGGUAAGCACAUGGAAAAUCGAUUGUGAUGCAGGCAAAUGCUCUCACUUAAAUAAGGAAUGGUACUCUUCAAUUAUUCAUUGUAAGGAGAGAAAAUGGGAACUUACUAAUAUGGACAAUAAGUAAUAAGCUUCUACAAAUAUCUUGGGCUGAGUCAGAAUGUAAAUAUAAAAUGCAAUUGAAUGCAAACUAUUGUAACAUGUAAAGCUUAUUUAAAAAUUGAAGUUGAAUUUCUUGACCACAGGGGAGUCGGGAACUUUUUUUUACAGUUUUUAAAGUUUCUUAUGAUGCUGGACCUAGAACUGGUACUGUUCAGUACUGCUUUGAUGUAUGUGUUCUGUAAGAUCUUCUUGCUGACCUAUGUAUUAAUGGUAGAACAGUUAAUGGAAGCACUAGGAAAGUGAAUGUAGAUGUAUUGAUUUGCUGCAAAUCAACAAUUUCACAACAAAACUUUACCUGUGUUUAACCAGAGGUCAAUCCCUUUGUAAAGCCUGAUUGGAUGUGUGUGUAUAUAUGCUGUGUGUAAAAAAAAAUCUGUAUUGUGGGCUUUGCUUUUAUUUGCAUUAGAGAAAAAAAACUGAGAAAUCUUGGUACAGUACAGUGGCUGGAUCUGCAUUAAAAGCUGCUUAAUAACCAUGGCACUGAAAAUAAAUGCUGACUUCAAACUUCA